AUCCAUUCUUUCGUUUGACAAUGACAACAAAAGGCCGAUCCGCGUUUAUUUAUAAUCGGAAUUUAAAAUUUUAAUUGAAUUAUUUCGUGAACCUACUUUGCUUUUCAGUGUUUACAAAACUAAUCGUUCGUCACAUGAUAGUGUCUUUAAAUUAAUAUUAGCUUUGUAUUUUUUGUUUUAACUAUGGAGCCCACUUCACCAUGGAAAAGGCCGGACGAAGUAAUGCAGCUGCAUCGGCUAAAAAGGAGAAAAAAAGCUUUACAAGAACGCAUGAAGCAACCUCUAAACAGCUCAACUGAUGCAGGUCCUAGUGCCCAAAACACUGUCGACCUAGAUUUCUCUAGAAUUCUUGAGGGUGACAAGAGGAAGAUUAAUCCAUUCUCCAAGAACAAUACACAACAAAGCAAGAAAACCAAGCUCAGCAAUGAAAGCUCACCGCUGGACGAGUCCAAUGACAAAACCUUGUUUGCCCUUCUCAAGCUGCCGGCCAAAACUCCAGAGAAACCGGCUAAGAAGAUAGAGACAGACAAACUAUCCACAUUCUCAAACUUGUUACAGAAAUAUACUGCUGAGCAUACUGUUGAAGUGCAAACAACAGAGCAGAGGUAUAAGCACCUGCCCGUAGACUGGGCCAUAAAGACCAAGCUGCGGCUGAUGUCACCAAAACCUUUUGCCUGGAGUCAACAGCUGAAAGCCAGUGAGGAGGCUUCAGGAAUCACAGGGUUCGUCCGCUGCCUAGACACAACCUCCUCUCCAACACUAGACACAUCACCGCGGGCUCGCUUCCACCAGACCUGCUUAUACUGGCAGCAGCCGGCGCUGCCGUGGCUGAGCCUACACCCGCGCGCCGCCGGCCGCGUCGCCGCUACGAGCUUCCUCGCCGCGCACGACCACGCCAAGCAAGCGCUGUUGAGAGACUGGACUGAGAGCUUCCGGUCACUGUUUCAGUUGCUGCGCGCGCGCCACUGCCCAUACUUCUACGUAUGCGCUAACACAUUCACGUGUUUGUUCCGCGCGGGCGGGCUGGGCGGCGUGGGCGAGCCCAGCGCGCUGGUCGGACCCACCACGCGGGGGCUGCGACAUGCUCUGAGGCAGGAGGACGUAGAAUACACAAUGCCGCUACGGCCAGACAGCAAGAAGAAGCUAAACACAUCGGACAAGGAGGACGACCGGCCCAAGAACUCUUCGUUCGACAGUUGUUACGACACAAUGGAUGAGGCGCGCUCGCCGGAGGGCCAGGGCAAGGAGUCGGGCGAUGAAGAGGACCUGGACUCUGAUAAGUUCCUGUCGCAACUGGGUUUCGAGAAUGAUGUGAUUAAGAAGAUUAAUAAUACUCAGGCUCGAAUACAGAACAGCGUAGAAAGCAGUGUAGACAGCGCAGCGGAGUCACUCGUCUUCGUGCGCGGCGUCGACGCCCAGGCCUUGUUCAACUUCCUCCUGAACUGCAAGUCUAUAGUGAGCCCGACUGGCCCCUACGCGGGGGUGCCGCCGACACUGCUAGCGCCUACAGCUUUCCAGGGAGGCACGCUGCAGUCACUUAAGGUGAAAGAAAGCUCAAUAUACAGCGACAACAACAAAUACUACUCGAUCGAGCUGCGGGGUCCGAUUCUGCCGACCACCGUGCACUCGCUGUUGCGAGUCGUGCGCGACAGCUGUGCCGAGUUCAGUGGCACAUUCGCCCAUCAUCGCCCCACGCUCGCGUUUACAUACGCCGCGAGGGAUAUCGCUAGAGAUGAAACGCCAAAAGAGAAUGAAGCGAACAACUUCACGAAUGCAUUCAGCAAGGAGAACCUCUCGGACUGCGGGCUCAGUGCCGACAUGCUGCAGCAGUUCUGCUCCCCGGACCCUGACGUCAUCAGGGUGCUAGACAGUGUCACUUAUAACUCAGAAGAUGACACCUUCUCAUGGUGACACAUGUUUCUCAGGGGUCCCGGAUAUUUAUGACGAUAUCGGUUGGUCAUAGGACUCCUACAAGUGUUUAGUGUAAAGAAUGAAAUCGAUUUUACAAUUUCAUUUACAAAAUUAUGUGAAAUGUACCUGGUGUGCCAAAGUUCAAAUGAUGAAAUAAAACUUGAUUUUUUGCAUAAUU